UGACAGACAAAAUGAUGAAUCAGUUGAUCAAGAAAAGAACCAACAGAUUGAUAAGAAAAGUCAAGUUGGUUUAUUGCAGCCAGCAGAGGGCAGCAGUGUGUCAGUUUCAGUCCUGAAAAGCACACAACAGCUUCAGCUUCAGCUUCAGCGUCAAUCAGCAGCAGCAGCCUUGUGUGUGGGCCGCAGGGGCUGAUGGGAGGAGUGAGGAGCUGUCAGAAAGCACGUGGCCCUCGUCUGAUCUCACAGCUCGUCCUUGUUUGGCCUCAGCUGCAUCAGAGCGCCACUUCUCCCCAGGUUCACCAGAGGAAACACCACUGCACAAAAUGCUUUUCCUCCCAGCUGCUGCUCUGUGCUGUCUGUGUUCAGCGCUGGUUGCCAUGGCAGCAGAUCUGGUUCAGGACCAGUUAUCAUUGACCAGGAGAGUUGGUCAAUCUGUCUCCUUCAGCUGUGGAGGGACUGAGGGGUGUUAUAAUAGCUAUAUAGUCUGGUACCAGAAGAACGACACAGAAACAUUCAAAGCAAUUCUUCUUUUUGAUGCCAGUAGUGGUAAUGUUCAUAAACCUUACAAUCAUCCUCAACAAGAUGAUUUCACAGCUGAGAACAAAGAGAACGGCUGUGAGUUGAAGAUAGAGACAGUUCAAGUCUCUCAUUCAGCCUCCUACUACUGCCUCUGUUUGAAGUCUGCAGACAGGUUUUUGUAUCAGUCUCUCUCACUGUGUUACUUCAUCUUUGGCUCUGGAACUAAACUGUAUGUAACAGAUGAGGACGUAGUGAAGCCCGUGGUGAGCGUGUACCCAGCAGCAUCCAGAGCCCACCUGGAGGGGAAGACCUCCCUGCUGUGUCUGGCCUCAGGCAUGUUUCCUCCUCUGGUCCAGUUUUCCUGGAAAAGACCAAAGGAGGAUGGUUCUCUGGAGGAGCUGCCCUCUGCUGAGGGAGAGCAGCUGGAGCUCAGAGAGUCAGGACGCACCACCUCCAUCUUGCUGGUCCAUCAGCCAGAGAACAGCACAUAUAAAUACCACUGCUAUGUCAAGCACGAGACGGGCACAGUGGAGGCCCAAAUACAACGAGUGGUUCCCCUGGAUCCUCUCCAGCCUCAGUGCAGGGUGAAGCUGCUCUGUCUGCUCUACACAGUGCUGAUAGUGAAGAGUCUGGUGUACGGCUGUGGACUCUCUCUGCUCACCAUGCUCAGAAACUAGGGACCGUCCACCAACUGCACACAUGCUGACUGACUGUUUCUGCUCGCCUUUUCUCUCCAUCUAAUCUCAGCAUCAUCUCAUUUAUUCAUUGCUCAGCAGUCAGACAUCCGCAGUUUAGAUACAGUCAUCCUAAAAAUAAUAAAUACAUUCAUCACACAUAUAUUUUUAAUUACUACUUUUAGACUCUGUAUCAUAGAUUGAUUCUAAUACUCUAUAUCAUCUUGUAAUUGUGACCUGUAUAUGACUGGAAAUGAUGCUGAAUCCUUAGUUGUCUAGUAAAUUUUCUUUUGUUCAUAA